AUGCCUCAGGCAUUAGAGUUGGCACGAAAUAUAACCAAGGAUUACUCGACUCAGCAGAUUAUCGAUCUGAUACGCAUUCAGAUUAGUGAGGGUGCGACCAUUGAGUGCAUAUGUGGUCUUAUGGAAUGUUUGAGGAUUAGAUCCUCCUCCAAAAUGGAUUUGGAUCCUCUAUAUGAAUGUCUUGAUGAAAUGGGCGCUGUGGCGUCCAAUUAUCGUUCGGUUUGUCUUGUUCUCAUGGCUCAAUUGGCUCUGGAAGUCUCAUGCAAUCGAGAACAAGCUCGCCAACUUCUCUCCAAGGUAAAUCCUCUUAAACUUCAAAAGAUACCUCCUGUAUUCAUAGUGAGGUGUUACCUUUUGAAAAGUGCCACUACCGAUUCCUCCGACCUCACCCAGAAGGAUAAGAUGCUCUGCAAAGGCCUGGCUCAUUUUAACAGGUGUAAGGAUGCAAUGUCCGAAGAUCAACGUAUUAGACUAGGCUUUAAGCUACGCUUCCAACGAUGCCGGGUGCUGUUGGAGGAGCAAAAAUAUACAGAAUGCCUAAGUUUGUCAAUAGAUAUACUAGAGAGCUAUAGCGAAAACCCGGGGUAUUUUGCCCAGUCUUCUAUGUUCGAAAAUAACCUUCACAAUGUGGUCUCUUUACUAUUGUACGUGCCGUAUUGUUCUGCCAAGGUGAAUUCUCUGAAGCGAUUUGCAGAUUUUAUUGGCUGUGAUUGCAAUAGCUCUCAGGCAGGAAGCAAUCAGGCGCUUCAUCAGGCGCUUCAUCAGUGGUUGGAUGCUCACCUAACUUCUGACGGACUGAAGACUCUUCUGUGUAAGCUUACCAGAGGUCAGAUUGUGAGGUUGGACGUGGAAGGACUCAUGGAAUGUUUACGAACGCUGUUUGCGGAUGAGGAGAAGUUCCAGCAGGUUUACAGGAAUAUAUUAGAGGCCGAUGUUGUAUCGAUUUCGAAGAAGUUUUCGAAUGUGAAGCUAGAGCUGAUGAAACAGUUGAUAGGCCUAACCAACGUCAAUCAUGAAAAUUGCUUAGAGGACGACGACCGUUUGUUCAAUGUAAUAGUUGAGUUGAUAUUGGAUCGCAAAAUUAAUGCUAAACUAGACGAAGUAGAGAAGGUUGUCUACUUUUCUGAACGACUGCAACCAGAAUGGAAGAGUAGGGUGGCAGACAUGCUCGUCUCGGUGGAUAAAGUUUACGAAAGGAUAAACGCAGAGGCAGAUUAA